UUUCUCAAGAAAAGUUUCUAAACAAGCCGCAAAUCAUUAAAAAAUGGAGUUGGUAAUUUCAACCCACAUUAAACUACAAAAUCCCCUAUGUGUCACAUUUAAAACUGAAUUUACGUCCUUACAAAGAAGAUUCUCGAUUAAAUGCAGUAACACGACUAUUUUAAGUAAGAUUUUCAAGUUACACUUGCACAAAAUGGUAUGAAAAUUAGGAUAUCAUAAAUAAAAAAAAUCUUCCCAACUUUGAAGGGAGAGCUUCCUAAAGUCAGCGAGGCAAGCAGGCAGGCCGGAGUAAGAGAGAGAUUGCAUGGUCCCACGGCUCGUACUUUCAAAGAAGUGAAGAAUUAUGCGGGCGGCCGGUUGUUCUCGUACGGAAUGGUAUCAUCGUUAUUCUCCCAAACGUCGGGGGCAAUCCAGAACUUUUGACCGGAUCCGUAUUUGUUUUAUAUACGGAACGAUCCUCGGGUUUCAAGAGUUGCAGGGUCGUAGGCCGUUGGACGGAACUCGCCGGAAGCCAGCAGGCGAAUCUUCGAAAGAGUUCUCGUUCUUCUCUCCCUUCCUCCCGCCUCUUCGAAGUUUCCUCCCAAAUCUUAAGGGCUUUGGAGUGGAUUAAAUAUUCGAGCAUUCUUUAAAUCUUGGACUUGGAAGAGGAUUUUUGUGCUCUGGUUUGAAUUCUUGUUUGGAAGAAUCCAGGAAUAAGCAUUACAUUAGGUUCUAUUAAAGCUACGGGUUUGGAGGAGUUUUUUUCGUGGAAUGCUGAAUUCCACAACUUUUCACGAUUCUGUUGGUGAUUUGGGAGCUGCUGCGGUGUAUGCGUAAAGAUUUGUGCCUCUGGGUUGAGAGAUUCAUUACGGAGGUAAAAUGGAGAAGUCUUUGUUGUCCAUCCUGGUGGACACUCAGAGGGGUGGAGGGCAAUCCAUCCUUGCCACGAUGAAGUUUGCUAUUCUGCCAAUUGCAAAGGUCUUCACUAUCUGCUUUAUGGGGUGUCUCAUGGCCUCCAAGUAUGUGAAUAUCCUUCCUGCCAAUGGCCGUAAGCUUCUUAAUGGGCUAGUCUUCUCUCUCCUCCUUCCUUGUCUAAUAUUUUCUCAACUUGGAAGAGCAAUUACUCUAGAAAAUUUGUUGGAGUGGGCUAUACAAGCGAAAGGCUCUAUUCUGCACGGUUGGGAGCAGAUGAAGGAAGCAAGGGAAUCUCAUAUCUCUGAUCCAUAACCUUUGGGUGGAGGCGAGAGGGUUACCUGACUCCAAAAUCUAUUAUUUUUUAAUUUUUUUAGUUGUAUUCAUAUCUGUAACGUAUGAUACAUUUAUUUUAGAAAAAAUAUUAUAAUACGUGCAUUGUC